GUGUAGGGGCUGGGGCCAUAAGUCUGGUAUUCUGAAAUUCACUCAAUGUUUUGCUUAUGAGUAAUUUAUUCUGUCUGAAUCUUUAACUUAUUGAAAAAAUUAGUUAUCCAAUAAGACUUAACACCAAAUAUUGUAAUAAAUUGUACUGGCAAAACUGUACUAAACUAAAUUAGUAAACUGAUUGUAUCAAAUGAAGAAUGCUGAUAAAGGCUGUAAAUCGUCAGAUACCUGGGUACACGAAAGGUAGCGAAGAUUCAUGGUGUGGAUCAUAUACGUUCAUACAUGGAUCAGAUCCACAGUUUGGAUUUAUAGAUCUCAUUAAAGGUGGAGGAGGCAAGAAAUGGGAUACAGAGAUCAAGCUUCUCAAAGAUGCAAUAUCAGCGAUCAAUAACAUGUCACCAAGACCUAAAUUUUUCUUCAUAUGUGGUGAUCUGAUCGACGCAUAUCCGGGUGUUGAACCGACUAACUCAGAACAGACUAAAGAUAUGAUCAAAAUUUUAUCCGAGUGUGAAAUUCCAAUAUUUGUGAUAAGUGGAAAUCAUGACAUCGGAAACAAACCUACAACUUCUUCAAUUGAACAGUACACAGAGCAAUAUGGCGAUGAUUUUUAUAGUUUCUAUGCAGGAGGUGUAUUUUAUAUUGCAUUAAACAGUCAAUAUUUUUAUGAACCUGACGAAUUACCACAACUUGCUAACGAACAAAUGAUAUGGUUGGAUGAGCAAUUGCAAGAAGCGAAAUCUAACCAAGAUAUAACUCACACUGUUGUCUUCAUGCACAUUCCACUAUUUAUCUCUGAUCCUGAUGAGAAGAAUCAAUACUUCAGCAUACCACAACCAUUAAGAUCAACUUUAUUAGAGAAAUUUGCUGAUGCAGGUGUAAGCAUUGUAUUCUCUGGCCACUAUCACAGAAACGCAGGAGGAUUUUGGAAAAAAGAGAUCGAUGGAAAAAUGAAACAGAUUGAGUGUGUUGUUACUUCGGCAAUCGGAGCACAACUUGGAAAAGACAAAUCAGGAUUAAGUGUUGUCAAAGUAUCACAACAAUCAAUUCAACAGAAAUAUUAUGCCAUUGAAGAUAUUCCUCUAACAAACUGAUUUUUGUAUUAUAAACUGUUACUCUUGUGUUUAAUGAGUGUUUGUAUUACUGAAAAUUUAUAUGGAUUAUGAAUUUUAGAUGUACCGGUAUAUAAUAUUUUCUGGUGUUAGAUGUUGAAUAAGCUUUUACUUUUUAGCAUUGUCAGCAUACAAAUGUCAUGCACUAAAGGCCACAAAAUAACUUGGCUAUUUGAAAAAGCAUAUUUUAUCAGAAAUUUUUUCAAUCUAUUCUUAUUUUAUAAAUAUUUUCUUCACUCCAUAACCUGUGGUACAGAAUGUACUAUUUUGUCGGUUGUCAACAUUUUAUUUUUUGACUUACAAUCAUUAGCAGUUUAUUGCUACUUAAUUUGUGUGACCUGAAUUAAUUGUUCCUUAUAUUGAUAUUUGAAAGUAAAAUGUGUAUUGCAUUUGCAUAUACCUGUUUUCAUUUAUACCUUCUUCAUCAAUACCAUUUUUAUCAAAACAAAUCUCAUUUGCUGCAAUAUUUAUAGUUUUAUCAAAUAACUAUCUCAUACAUUGGUUUCUAUUAAAAAAACGUUUUCUCCCCAGGUGAUUGUUUGUUGCUCCACCCGCCUUCUGACCAAUGAAAUUUCAACCUAUUUCAUGGUAUUUUGCUCACAUCAAAAGAGCUUAGAUUAAUUAUCUUUAAUUUGCUUUUCUGUACCCUCUUUGAAUUUGAAUUCAUGUAAAAUCAGGUUUUCUGUAUUAUCUCUCAGUGCAAUUCAGUCUCAUUUAUUGAAUGCUUUCCAUUGCAUUGUUUUUGUCAUUUUUUUCGAUUUACAAACUAACUGUUGAAUGUCUUUCCAUAUCCUAAUUUGUUCAUGAUGUAUGACUGGAUCGAAAUUAUAUUUGUAGUGUUUGGCCUCCCAGUUACUUGAUCUAUUCUGUAUGUACUACAGUACUUUAUUUUCAUUUUCAAAUCUGUAUAUAAAGGAAAAUACUGAAGAAUAGUAUUCAA